AUGCCGACAAAUCGCCAGCGUGCUAUUAUAGCAUCGGCCGAAACAAAGGCCUUACUUCCCGAGGUUCCUCAACGGAGUGGCACAAUUCCUACUUCUUAUUUCUACCCUUACACUGAACCUCUUCCACCGCUACCGCCAAAUCUUCGCCAACGGACACUUCGGACCGCCGUGAUAGAGGACCUGGAGCCUCUCGAUGUCGCUAUACACUGGCAAAAUUACUCAUUCUCCAAGGAUGACCCUACCAGUGCAUUUCCAUUUGGCGGCGGCGAUUAUGUAUCCUCGUCGUCCGCCCCCUGCGGGCAUCGUGCACCUCCCGUGCACUUCAGAACGAUAAUAGAUGGCGGGCAGACAAAUCGAGUACUCGUACUCAACACUGCCAACGAGAAGAAGGCCGGAGGCGAGUGGGAUGGUGGGAUCCUGACCCUCGAGGAAGGGUUCGCACGCCGGUCGAACCUCGUUCAGGCACUUAAUUGCACGGACCCACGCACGCCGGCCGUGCAGACAUACUAUCCGCUACCUCAAACUGGGGCCGUGUACUCGCCGAGUGUCGUGGUGUUUCGUGAAGGGUUCAAGGGUGGCUACACUAUCUGGGGGGAUGAUGAAUGGAAAGUGGUCUCAGUUGUAUCGGCGCCACCUGUGAGGCGACCAAAAACCGAUGAAACUGGGAUGAAAUAUUCCUUCGACGAGGAGAAAAACCUCCAGCGCGAUAAAAUGAAAUCAAUCCUGAGGGUUGCGGCACUCAAUGGGCAUACAAACCUUGUUCUGGGUGGAUUUGGAAGCUGUGGUCCGGAGGGAAGUGGUAGUGGGGUGUAUAGAAAUCCCGUUAGGGAUGUGUGUCUAUUAUGGAAGGAGCUCUUAGAGAGCGAGGAGUUCGUUGGGUGGUUUGCAAAUAUCGUCUUUGCGCUGGCCGGGGAUAGUGGGGGCAGUUGGGCCACAGAGGAUAAGGAUUGCGCCAAAGAGUUUAAUGCUUUCUUCGGUCCUGGUUAA